AUGGCUGAAGCCAAACUUCAGUCAUCGCCAUUGGGAGCCAGGAACAGCCCUCGGAUACGCAGAAAUGACGACAGUCCAUCCAGACAGCUGCAAUUCGAGUUGGAACGUGCUUUUAGCCAGAUCCACCUACACGAAACCGAACGCCAAAAGCUUCAUGUCUAUCAGCGGAGACAACAGCAAGAGGAACUCGACGCCAGAGAGCUCGCUCAGGCAGAGGCGCACAGGGCAGAGCUGAAUGUUGCCAACGCACAACAUGAGGUCGUCCGACGACAAGCCGAAGCUGUACUUCAGGCAUAUAUCAAGCAGGAAGAGGAAGAAAGGCGACGCCGCGAGGAGGAACAGAGAAGACGAGAGGAGGAAGAAAGACGGAAGCUGGAAGAGGACCUAGCACGAAGACGAGCCGAGGAGGAGCGUAAAGCCCGAGAAGAGAAAGACCGGCGUGAACGAGAAGCGCGAGCAAAAGCGGAAGCCGAGAGAUUGGCGAUUUACGAAAAGCAAAAGGCUGAAGCAGAAGAGAAGCGGCGUAGAGAAAAGGAAGAAGUUGAAAGUCGACAGCGUGAAGAACAGGAAAAUGCAGAGCGAGAAGCUGCUUUGAGAAAGGAAGAAGCCGAGAAGCAGGCCGCCGCAGCCAAAGUACCAGCUCCUGGGCCCUCAGCACGCCAGCUCCCCCAAAGCUCAGGCCGGCCCUCGAGUUCGGCCCAGGAAUUGGAGAGCCUGCACCGGAGUUAUUUGACCAUCCAUAAGAAGCUCAAAGAUUUCCGAAGAGAGUUCUGGGAGAGGGUCAAGAAGGAUCCAUCCUUGAAACCUCAUGUAGGAGACAUGCGACGAGCCAUGCGGACAAGCGUCGGGCAGCUCACGGACGACAAAGUUGGCAACAAGAAGGCGCAUGACCGAGUGAAGAUAACAUUACUGAGAGCUCUGAAUGAACUUCCCUCGCCCCCCGUCUCGGUCAACGACUACCUUCCUCCACACCUCUCGCUUCUUGAUGGAGGUAGAACGACCGUGCCAUCACUGGUAUUGUACCUCCUGUCCUUCUUCAGCAAGGCUAUCAUCAACACCUUUGUGGGUGAAUGCGCAGUGAACCCUAAAGCUGCCGAACCUGUCGGCACUCUCGUGGCGCAAAUCUUCUCAAUGACCGAGUUGCAGUUUGCCAAGAAUGUCGCGUCAGAGAGUUCAGACCCUCAGUUCAGUACGUCCACAUCGACGCAGAAGCCGACGACUGUCUCGCUUAUCUCGGUCCUGAUGUGCAAGUUCCACGCAACUGCGCCGGCUCUCUUCGGUAUCCAUGGCUCCGAAUCCACGUCGGCGGGAAGAUUGCGACUCGGAUGGCGGUUGGAGAAACUGUCAGACGAAAAGAAAGCCUUCGUGACGGAGAACAAACACUAUGACCGCCUGACUGGGCUGGGGGUCGGCUACGCCUCCAUCGCUCUACGCAACUUCUCAAAGGCUAAAGUCCAAAAUCCCUGGCCACCGGUCCAUUACUGGUCGAGUCUGGCACAUAUCGUCAACACACCUGCUUCAGAAGUCCAGACUAGUCAUCUGAUCCUCCUGAAGUCGAUGCUGGAGAACAACGCGGUCGACCGAUUUGUCCUUUUCUUUGGAGCUGCCGGCAUAGCAGCAUUACGCCAAGCAGCCCUUGACUUUCCACGUUCGUUACCUCGAGAAUUGCAGGAAAAGCCUGUGAGUAAAGCAUUGGGUUUGAUGGUUGAAUCGUGGAAGACCGAGAAGCAUUUCUCGCUGGAAUAG